GCAAACAUUGAAGUUAUACCAUGUAAAGUCUGUGGAGAUAAGUCAUCUGGAGUUCAAUAUGGUGUAAUAACGUGUGAAGGUUGCAAGGGUUUCUUCAGAAGAAGUCAGGCUGAACCUGUCAACUAUCAGUGUCCGAGGAACAGAAACUGUGUUAUAGACCGGGUAAACAGAAACAGAUGUCAGUUCUGUAGGUUACAGAAAUGUUUAGAGGUUGGCAUGUCAAGAGACGGUGAUGAUACAGAAUUUCUAUCUGAGGAUGACUUAAACAGUGAAACAAGCUCAGUUACUGUUAUCAUGACUCCGACAUUUCCCAUGGAAAAUACCGAUGUAAACAAAAACUCUGAAAGAGAUGUUUAUAGAAAAAGUAAAAGAAUGGAGGAAAGGAAAAAGAGCGAAGAGUCAGUAGUCGUGCCGAUUGAUCCAUCCCAGAUCAAGACAGAACAUCCUGACAUCUUCGACAUUGACUCCUUGGUCCAUACUAUUGAUAGGAACUCUGAGAUUUGUCCAAGGAAGUUCAAUAGGUCGUACAGAGACAUUGAAACAGAAAUGAUUAUGACAGAAAUUACUGGAUCCCAGACUGGUUCCCCAGUUCAAAAAGAAACAGUUGUCAACAUUAAAAAGGAGCCUAAUAGUUCACCUAUCAAAGGUUUGAUGCAAAUGGCAAUGCAAAAAGGUUUAGAAGAUAGUGACCAGUGGGGCAAUUUCAGUGAAUUUGAUAUUGAUAGUGUUGUUAAUGUUGUCAAUAGAAGAGACGAGGGGAGACAACUGGCAGAUUGUCAUGUAAAUAUUGUGAAAGUAGAAGACCAGGGGAGGCAACUGGCUGAUUGUCAUGUAAAUAUUGAGAAAAUAGAAGACCAAGGAAGGCAACUUGAAGAUGGCAUUGUAAAUUUUGUGAAUAGAGAAAACCAUGGGAGAGAACUAGAAGAUAGUAAUAUCACUAUUGUGAAAGAAGAAAUACAGGGGAGGCAACUAGAGGAAGAGGAAUAUUUACAGAUGGAUGAUAUUGAAGCUCUUGUUCAUUAUACAAAUAGAAAAUCGCAUUCAGUCAGUCCUUCGAAGAACAAUGCUUCUCAACAGCCAUCAUUGUCAGCUAAACCUAAAACAAUUGUUGGCCUGCGACUGACAGAUGACAACAAAGGAAGUAAAUCUCCAAAUAAAAAGGGAGAUUACUCUUUAUCAUUAUCACCACAAAUGAAAAAGAACUAUAAAUUAAAAGACUGUUCUGUGGUUUUGGACACCGAUAAAGACAUUCAGUCUAAACUGCUGAAUUAACAGAAAAAUGCAGAGUCUGGAAAGGAAGACAUGAACAGUAGUGUACAUGUUUAAAGAGAAGUGGAGACAUUUCUUAUUUUAAGAAUGUUGCAAAGAAACCCAAAAUUGGUCCAAAAUGCAUGAAAAGACAAGACAAAGAUGAAGUAAAAGAUCACAAAAAGUCUAAAUUUGUUAUUGACCACAAAGCCAAAGUUUUGAAACUGAAUUUAUCAAGGUUGGAUAAAAAUCUGGAAGCAAAUGAGACUGAUAAAGAGAUUGAAAAAGAAGUGACAAAAAAGUUAGAAAUUGAAAAUGAAAGGAGAAAGGAGAAAUCUCGUCCUAAACAUGAGGAAAAAUCUGAAAGUGAAAGUAAACCGACAAAAAUUUCACUAGAGAAUAAAGAAAAAGAAAGAUAAAAAAAUGAGAGUCGACAUAAAAAAUCUUCUACAGAUGGAAAUAGAAAAUAGGACAAAAAACAUGAAAAUGACAGUCAGGAAUAUUCAGACAAACAUAAACAUUCUGAAAAACAUAAACAUCCGCAUUCAGGAAAGCAUACACAUGGAAUUUCAGAAAAACCUAAACAUGGACAAUCAGAGAAGCAUAAACCUGGGAAUGCAGAAAAGCAUAAACAUGGAUAUUCAGAAAAAUCUGAACAUGGAUAUUCAGAAAAAUCUAAACAUGGACAAUCAGAUAAGCAUAAACAUGGAAAUUCAGAAAAGCAUAAAGAAGUCAAAGGAGAAAAUUCUGAAAAGUACAAGAAUUUUCCUGAUAAAAGUGGUUCCAAAAAAGGAGAUGAUGACAAGCAAAUGAAAUCAUCAAAAAAUGUAAAGAGGAAAGCAAAUGAGACUGAUAAAGAGAUUGACAAAGAAGUGACAAAAAAGUUAGAAAUUGAAAAUGAAAGGAGAAAGGAGAAAUCUCGUCCUAUAAACAUAAGGAAAAAUCUGAAAGUGAAAGUAAACCGACAAAAAUUUCAGUAGAGAAUAAAGAAAAGGAAAGAUCAGAUAAUGAGAGUCGACAUAUAAAAUCUUCUACAGAUGGAAAUAGAAAACAGGACAGAAAACAUGAAAAUGACAGUCGGGAAUAUUCAGACAAACAUAAACAUUCAGAAAAACCUAAACAUCCGCAUUCAGGAAAGCAUACGCAUGGAAUUUCAGAAAAACCUAAACAUGGACAAUCAGAGAAGCAUAAACCUGGGAAUUCAGAAAAGCAUAAACAUGGAUAUUCAGAAAAAUCUGAACAUGGAUAUUCAGAAAAAUCUUAACAUGGACAAUCAAAUAAGCAUAAACAUGGAAAUUCAGAAAAGCAUAAAGAAGUCAAAGGAGAAAAUUCUGAAAAGUACAAGAAUUUUCCUGAUAAAAGUUGUUCCAAAAAAGGAGAUGAUGACAAGCAAAUGAAGAGGAAAACAUUGCCAGUAAAAAGUCAAAGCAAGAUGACAAAACUGAAAACUGUGACAAAAAGAAAGAUUCCAUAAAAAGACCUGAGACUGAAAUGAUAUCUGUUGAGGUAAAGAAGAAAGAAAAUAAAAAGGAAGAAAAACUGCAUGAACCAUCGAAGAAAUUGGAGGAAAGCUUAAGUAAUGCUUCUAAUACUAUAGAAUUGACAAUGAAAUGUAAACUUUGUAAAGAAAUCCAUAGCUCUAAAUCAGCAUUAGAAAAGCACAUGAUCAGUGUACAUAAUACCAAAUUGGGCCGUAAAAGAUUUGGAUGUAAACUUUGUACUCAAUCUUUUGAUACAACGUCUAUUUUGAUCAAACAUAUCGAAUCGCACAAAGAGGAAAGAAAAAAAAGUGAAGAAAAAGGAAAGACAGAAACAGUCCAAACAAAUAAAAGAGAAGGAAAAGGAAAGACAGAAACAUUAGAAACAAAAACAAGAGAACAAAAAGGAAAGACAGAAACAAUAGAAACAAAAAUAAGAGAACAAAAAAGAAAGACAGAAACAAAAGAAACAUAAACAAGAGAAGAAAAAGGAAAGACAGAAACAGUGAAAAUAAAAACAAGAGAACAAAAGGGAGAGACAGAAACAAAAAUAAGAGAACAUAAAGGAAAGACAGAAACAAAAAUAAGAGAACAUAAAGGAAAGAUAGAAACAGUAGAAUCUAAAAUAAGGAGAAAAAAAUUGGCAAUAAGUCAUGUAAGUUACAAAAAGCAAGGAACAACCAAAAUCACAGAUGACAUCAUAAAUUUCUAUCUGAAGAUGACUUGAACAGUGAAACAAGCUCAGUUAUCAUGACUCCGACAUUUCCCGUGGAAAAUACCGAUGUAAACAAAAACUCUGAAAGAGAUGUUUAUAGAAAAAGUAAAAGAAUGGAGGAAAGGAAAAAGAGCGAAGAGUCAGUAGUCGUGCCGAUUGAUCCAUCCCAGAUCAAGACAGAACAUCCUGACAUCUUCGACAUUGACUCCUUGGUCCAUACUAUUGAUAGGAACUCUGAGAUUUGUCCAAGGAAGUUCAAUAGGUCGUACAGAGACAUUGAAACAGAAAUGAUUAUGACAGAAAUUACUGGAUCCCAGACUGGUUCCCCAGUUCAAAAAGAAACAGUUGUCAACAUUAAAAAGGAGCCUAAUAGUUCACCUAUCAAAGGUUUGAUGCAAAUGGCAAUGCAAAAAGGUUUAGAAGAUAGUGACCAGUGGGGCAAUUUCAGUGAAUUUGAUAUUGAUAGUGUUGUUAAUGUUGUCAAUAGAAGAGACGAGGGGAGACAACUGGCAGAUUGUCAUGUAAAUAUUGUGAAAGUAGAAGACCAGGGGAGGCAACUGGCUGAUUGUCAUGUAAAUAUUGUGAAAAUAGAAGACCAAGGAAGGCAACUUGAAGAUGGCAUUGUAAAUUUUGUGAAUAGAGAAAACCAUGGGAGAGAACUAGAAGAUAGUAAUAUCACUAUUGUGAAAGAAGAAAUACAGGGGAGGCAACUAGAGGAAGAGGAAUAUUUACAGAUGGAUGAUAUUGAAGCUCUUGUUCAUUAUACAAAUAGAAAAUCGCAUUCAGUCAGUCCUUCGAAGAACAAUGCUUCUCAACAGCCAUCAUUGUCAGCUAAACCUAAAACAAUUGUUGGCCUGCGACUGACAGAUGACAACAAAGGAAGUAAAUCUCCAAAUAAAAAGGGAGAUUACUCUUUAUCAUUAUCACCACAAAUGAAAAAGAACUAUAAAUUAAAAGACUGUUCUGUGGUUUUGGACACCGAUAAAGACAUUCAGUCUAAACUGCUGAAUUAACAGAAAAAUGCAGAGUCUGGAAAGGAAGACAUGAACAGUAGUGUACAUGUUUAAAGAGAAGUGGAGACAUUUCUUAUUUUAAGAAUGUUGCAAAGAAACCCAAAAUUGGUCCAAAAUGCAUGAAAAGACAAGACAAAGAUGAAGUAAAAGAUCACAAAAAGUCUAAAUUUGUUAUUGACCACAAAGCCAAAGUUUUGAAACUGAAUUUAUCAAGGUUGGAUAAAAAUCUGGAAGCAAAUGAGACUGAUAAAGAGAUUGACAAAGAAGUGACAAAAAAGUUAGAAAUUGAAAAUGAAAGGAGAAAGGAGAAAUCUCGUCCUAUAAACAUAAGGAAAAAGUCUGAAAGUGAAAGUAAACCGCCAAAAAUUUCAGUAGAGAAUAAAGAAAAAGAAAGAUCAGAUAAUGAGAGUCGACAUAUAAAAUCUUCUACAGAUGGAAAUAGAAAACAGGACAGAAAACAUGAAAAUGACAGUCGGGAAUAUUCAGACAAACAUAAACAUUCAGAAAAACCUAAACAUCCGCAUUCAGAAAAGCAUACGCAUGGAAUUUCAGAAAAACCUAAACAUGGACAAUCAGAGAAGCAUAAACCUGGGAAUUCAGAAAAGCAUAAACAUAGAUAUUCAGAAAAAUCUAAACAUGGAUAUUCAGAAAAAUCUAAACAUGGACAAUCAGAUAAGCAUAAACAUGGAAAUUCAGAAAAGCAUAAAGAAGUCAAAGGAGAAAAUUCCAAAAAAGUAGAAGAAUUUUCCUGAUAAAAGAGGUUCCAAAAAAGGAGAUGAUGACAAGCAAAUAAAAUCACCAAAAAAUCUAAAGAGGAAAGCAAA